AUGUUGGGACUGGCUGAUUCUAGCUGGCUGGAUGAUUUGCCUUUAAAGGACAGAGAUUCUCUAGUCUAUACAGCUAAAACUCUGCAGCAUGCAGAGAUGUAUGACAAUAUGGCUGUUUGCAUGAAGAAAGUUACCGAAUUUGGUGUUGAGCUUAAUGAUGAAGAAAGGAAUCUCCUCUCUGUUGCAUUUAAAAAUGUUGUUGGGUCUCGCCGUAAUUCCUACCGGGUCCUAUCUAACCGCAUUUCUCGUACUCAGGAUUCAGAAAAAUUAGCGCUCACAAAAGAAUUUCUCGACACUAUUCAAAAGGAGCUCAAUGCCGUUUGCUCAGAUGUGCUGCAACUCAUCAAAGAGAAAUUGCUGCCUUUGUGUACUAGUGCCGAGGGAAAAGUUUUCUAUCUAAAAAUGAUGGGCGACUAUUGUCGGUACAAAGCUGAGAACGCAAAAGGUGAAGACCAUGAUGAAGUUGUAAAGGCUUCUCUCGAGGCCUACGAGGAGGCAACUAAGAUUGCUAAUGAAAGUCUUAGCUGCACUCAUCCUAUUCGUCUUGGGCUUGCCCUGAAUUAUUCCGUCUUUUACUACGAGAUCAUGAAUAGCCCUGACAGGGCGUGCCAGCUUGCAAAGAAGGCCUUCGAUGAUGCCGUCAGCGAUGCUGAGGCUGUAAAUGAGGACUCAUGCAAGGAUAGUACCCUUAUCAUGCAAUUACUUCGUGACAAUCUUGCAUUGUGGACCUCCGAUCCUGAGGAGACUGAGAACAACGAGGGUGCUGAGUAA